ACCUGAAAUACCUUUCUCCUCUGAUCUGUGCCGUCUUCAUUAUCCUGAUCCCUCUCUGGGUUGCCAUCGCCAAGCAAAGUCCUUCCCUGGCAGAAGUCCUGAAGUCGGGAUGGCAGCCGGUCAUCGUUGCAAUGAGCAUCAGCAGCAUCGGUGGCCUGAUCCUGGACAAAACUGUAACUGACCCCAACUUUGAAGGCAUGGCAGUUUUCACACCUGUGAUUAAUGGUGUCGGAGGGAAUCUGGUAGCCAUCCAGGCCAGCCGUAUUUCCACAUUCCUGCACUUCUGGAGCAUGCCUGGAGUUUUGCCGUACAAGAUGAGGCAGAAUUGGCCCAACCCAUGUACCACGUUCUUCUCCUCAGAGGUGAAUUCCAAGUCAGCCCGAGUCCUGUUCCUCCUGGUCAUCCCGGGACACCUCGUGUUCCUCUACACCAUCCAUCUGCUGCAGGGAGGCCACACGUCUCUGUCCUUCAUCUUUGUGAUACUUUACCUGACUGCUGCUUUGCUGCAGGUGGGAAUCCUGCUCUACGUGGCUGACAUAAUUGUGCGUCUGAUGUGGAGGAAGGCCCUGGAUCCGGAUAAUUUCUCCAUCCCCUACCUCACCGCCCUAGGGGAUCUCCUGGGCACGGGAUUCCUGGCCGUCUGCUUCCGCCUGGUCUGGCUCAUCCGCGGUGCAGACAUGAAGCUGGGAAACUGA